CUGACAGGCACCAGCAGAGACAGGAGACAGUAGGGAGAGGCAGUUGCUUCCCAUAUCCCCUCGAGAAAUAUUACUACGGUAAAAUAAAUGACAUUGUCGGAUUGUGUUCGUUAGCCUGCCCACCAUGAUAACGUUAUGUCCAGCGGCACUCCGCUAUGCUAACAGAUAACGGUAGCUCGCUAAAGCUAAUCGCAAUUUACUGCUCAUCUCUGAGGCAGAGAGUGAAGUGUGUCUCGAUGGACCAUGUGACUUUCUGUCAGAGGAGCUACCCCAACCUGGCUGUGGUUGCACGUGUGGUGAAUGACGAACAUGGGGACUUUAUGGUGAGGAGAGAGGUCAGAAGCACUGGCUUCAUGGUCCUAGGAGAGCAUGAUGAUAGAACUGCACCACAGUUUCGCAAUCGUAAGGGCAGAGGCUCUCACAAGGGUCGGUCGUAUGACCGGUCCCGCAGAGACCGCCAACGGGGAAGCCACGCAGGAGGCUUUGGAGGUCCUGGACCACGGUCUAGGCUUGAUGAUCCUGAUGGAGAUGUAACUAUGAGUGAUAACUCUCAGGACAACAGCUCCCAGCACAGAUUCAACCCAUAUGGAAGACCUUUUCGGAAAGGAGGAGAUGGACGGUUUGACAGAGACAGGCGACAAGGCAAAGGGGGAGGAGGUAGAGGAGGAGGAGGAGGAGGAGGAGGAGGCAGCUUUAGAGGAGGAGAUCGAGGUGGAGGAGGCAACAAUGGAGGCGGGAGAAACCGGUCAGGCUGGUACAAAAUAACAAUACCACACGGAAGAAAAUAUGAUAAGAAAUGGUUAUUGACAGCCCUUCAGAACAUCUGUUCAGUUCCCUACACACCUGUACAGUACCACGUUGACCAUAACAGGGUCCAUUUCUACGUGGAUGAUUCGUCAGCUGCCAAUGCUUUGCACAAAUGUUCUCACAAGAUCACAGACACAGACGGCUAUAAGGUGGAAGUGCACGUCAACCCCAGUGCUCCACCAUCCUUCCUCCUCUCUGACCUGAAGCCUGAACACUUGGAUCACCUGAAGCAAUGCAUGGCAAAACGUUUUGAUGGCUCCCAGCAAGCACUGGACUUGAACAACAUCCGCACAGACCCAGACUUGGUGUCCCAGAACAUUGAAGUCAUCUUGAAUAGGAAGACUAACAUGGAAGCUGUCAUCAAGAUCAUUGAAGAAAACAUUCCAGAGCUGAUGUGUUUGAACCUGAGUAACAACCGUAUUCAUAAACUGGAUGAACUUGCCGAAUUGGUUACCAAGGUGCCUCAUCUGAAGACCCUCAACCUUUCCCACAAUGAGCUGAAGUCAGACCGGGAGCUGGAAAAGGUGAAAGGCCUGAAGCUGGUGGAGCUGUGGCUGAACAGGAACCCUCUGUGCGACCUUUUCAAGGAUCAGGCCUCAUACAUCAGUGCUGUGCGGCAGAGGUUUCCCCGGCUUCUCAAACUGGAUGGUCACGACCUCCCCCCUCCCAUUGGAUUUGAUGUGGAGACGCCCACCACUAUCCCCCCCUGCAAGGGCAGCUGUUUUGGCACUGAUGAAAUCAAGGCUCUCAUCCUUCGGUUCUUGCAACAGUACUACAGUAUAUAUGACUCGGGGGACAGACAGCCACUCCUGGAUGCUUACCACGAUGGAGCAUCGUUAUCCCUCACAACACCUUACUCCACCCAGAACCCCUCCAGGAGCAGUCUGGGAGAGUACCAUAAAGACAGUCGAAACCUGAAGAGGCUCAAAGACUCUACGAUGCGGUUUCGGCUUCUGAAGCACACACGACUGAACGUGGUGGCUUUCCUCAAUGAGUUGCCCAAAACUCAGCACGACAUUGCUUCGUUUACUGUCGAUGUAAACACCUACACCAACACACUAUUGUCAUUCACAGUGAGCGGAGUCUUCAAAGAAGUUGCUGUUGAUGGUAAAUCCCGAGAGUCCACCAUGUCCUUCUCUCGAGUGUUCAUCACAGUCCCAGCAGGGACUACUGGGUUGUGCAUCGUGAACGACCAGCUUUUCAUCCGGAUGGCCACAACGGAGGAGAUCCGCCGAGCCUUCGUUGCUCCAGCCCCGACUCCAUCGUCCAGCCCUGUCCCCACUCUCACUGCACCGCAGCAGGAGAUGCUCACAGCCUUCUCAUUGACGUCUGGCAUGAACCUGGAAUGGUCCCAAAAGUGUCUACAAGACAACGAGUGGGAUUUCAACAGAGCGGCACAAAUAUUCACUCAGUUAAAGACGGAAGGCAAGAUCCCAGACGUUGCGUUCAUAAAAUGAAGAGUUGAAUCACCUUUCUUUUGUGAAAUAAAAUCUGCAGUAAUUUUAUUUAUGGCUUUAUCCUUUAAUCUUCUGCCUUUUGUUUUAUUCAUAAUAAUGUAGUUCAAGUUUACUAAAACUGUUUUGUUUUAACAGCCAAAUGUCAACUGUUUGACCUAAAGACUGAAGUUAUGAUACAAUUUUGGGUCAUUGUAACCUUAGUUUUUUGGUCAUUUGUAUAGAAAUCACUACAUGUUUUCAUAGGAAUAAAGACAAAUGGCCAGUGGUUAAA